AUGGCCAUGCAGCGAAGCCGCAGCGGGGCGGUGCACCUCGCACUGCUGCUGAUCGUGGUGAUGGCGGGAACGAUGGUGGUUGAGUCCCUGCCCCAGUCGAGUGUGAGCGUGUCGAAGGAGCAGCGCGGCAAACCGGAAACGGUGCCCGAGGAAGCGGGCGAUGACUACAACGAUGACUACGACGACGACGAUCUGGGCGAGGACUCGCCGGAGGCGACGCAGGUCACCAACGGCGGCGCGCAGGUGAUCGGGACGAAGCUGCUAACGAAGAAUUACGUCGAGAAGGCACCGCCCGGCGAGCAGGUGUCGUUCCGGUGCGAAGUCUCCAAUCCGACCGAGCAAACCAUCAUCAUUUGGUACAAGAACAACCAGCCGAUCUUCCAGCACCACACGCGGCUUACGUCCGACAAGCGGUUUACGAUGAAGGACAACUUUUCGCUCCAGAUCGACGGGGUGCAGCUUCCGGACGAGGGUUUCUACUCCUGCCAGCUGCUGCCGAGCAAUAUGACCGUUAAAAUCGAGCUCCAGAUAAUGACACCACCACGCAACGUCCACAUCAUGCACGGCAGCAAGGUGGUGAACGAAACGAUCGAGCUGAACCAGCGGGACCGCAAGUUUGUGCUGUUCUGCUCGGCCACCGGCCAUCCGACACCGCAGAUCAACUGGUCCUACCGGGGACGCCACCUGGACGAGGAGUACAGCCGACAGAUUGGGAUCGUGCCGCGGAAGGAGUUCAUCGAGAUCCACGAGGUCAAACCGCGGCACGCCGGCGACUACGAGUGUUUGGCCCAGAACGGCGUCGGCGAACCCGUCAGCCAGACGGUCACGGUGCUGGUGAGAGCACCGCCAGACGACGACUCCGCCGAGCUCGAAUCGGAGAUGGAUGAGGGCAACAGCACUGUGCCGCUGCUGGAGAAAGGAGUUCCCACCAUUCACAAGCACGCUACCUACGUCAACACGGCCAUCGGCGAAACGGUGGAGCUGACGUGCCAGUACGAUAGCAAUCCGGCGCCCCGGAAGGUCCAGUGGUUCCGGGACAGCGAAGUGAUGUCCCCGUCCGGCAACCACAUCGUGAACGAUCACCACGGACACCACGACCGGACGCGGCUCACGCUCAAGGGCAUCCAGCAGAAGGACCUGGUGUCGUACUUUUGCAAAAUCGAGAACGACAUCGGAGAGGCGAGUGCGAAGACGAUCCUGGGGCUGAACCCGGGACCGGCGCACCUGGUGCACUCGAACUACUCCGACGGGCUGCUGCACACGUGGUGGAAGAUCCACAGCAUGCAGCAGAUCUCCGAGAUGCAGGUGCACUACCGGGGUGAAAAUACCAAAUACGCGCCGGUCAACGCGGAAAUCUCCAGCACGGAUCAGAACUACGAUGACUUCACCUGGACGGUCCGCAAAUCGAUCCGGUUGCCCGAGGGCCAGUGGUACGUGACGGCACGGGCCCGCAACACCGAGGGCUGGUCGAUUGCCGAGAGCGUCCCGCACCAGUUCCAGAUCCCAAGCCGUUCGACCAACGCAAAGGACAACAUUCAGCUCAGCUCGGUUGGCGGGGCCGGAGCUAGCCCAGCGCACCGGACCAGCCCUUCCGCCCUGCUGUCCAGUGUCCUGGGGCUGUUGCUGUUAGUACUGACCGCCACCACCACCACCGUCAAGUCAGUGAUGUAUUAAAAAGUCCCGGAGGCAACGAAGCGAAGCGAUGGGGUGUGUGUGUGUGUGCGCGUUGGGGACCGGAUCAAACGCGAGGCAGAACAGAACAGUAGAAACAACAGAGAACAUCUCUCCCGAUUUUUUUUUUUGGCGCGCAAAGUGGCAACAAAGCUUCCAGUCUCACCGUUGGCCCAUUUCGCAGUGUUGUUGCGAACUGUGGAGAAAAGUGGAUCCCCCGACUGUGUGUUAAAAUCACGCGGAUCAAAUUUGCACACGAACCGUGAAAACGGACAAUUAGAAAAUCCAUACCGAAAGGCGGGCCCUGGCCUGGCCGAGAAGGUGGCCCAACGCGUGCUUCGGGCCCAAAACAAAGAAGCCCUUUUUCGCACGUUUUUCUUCCUUUUUCCCGCGUGGUGCCACCCAAUCGUAUCCACUUUUCCCGUGAUUUUGACCUUUUUGGGUUGCGUGCCCUUCGAAACAGGAGAAGAAAAAAAACGAAGGAACGAACCGUUUUUUGAUGGUGCCUUUCUACGGCUUGGGCACUUUUGACUUUCGGCGUGGCAGAAGCCACCACAUUGCUGUGCUAAACAUUUGACAAAAACCAAUGGAUUAGUGUAGAGAAAAGGAACGGUAGAGUUGUGCCGCACACUUUCAAACUGGACACUGGAUUAGUGUUCACCAUCGUAGGCGAAAUUCGGUUCCCACGCCACCGGACCGGGUGGAGUACCGACCCCAACACGAAACUCCCCCCCAAAAACACUGCAUUGUUUUGUUUCCAUCCACACACUGUAAAGCUAGGCUAUCAAAGUUUGUCAAACUAAAUCGUUACGCGUCUCACCAUCAUCCAGUGUUUCUUGUUCGUUUUUUUUUUGUUUUGUUUAGUGUACCAUUUCCUUUACCGUUGCGCCAGACUUUGCACCUUUCUUUCUGUGUUUAAAUCAUUCUUUUUACGUUUAUUGUCUGUCGUUUGUUUUAUGCGUUAUUCUGUUUCUUUCUUACCUUUAUUUUAUUUUUCUGUUUUAAGCCGUUUUUCUUUCCACUUUCCGUUCACCUACGCUAAAAACUUAAGUUAAACUUAGUUAACCUUUAACGUAGUGCUUUAAGCUAUCGGAUAGUAUUUUGAGGAACUAGAGAAUAGUUAGAGGGCGGUAGGGGAAAAAAAUGUGAAGAGAAAAAUGCUGUAUCAUAGAAGAAACGGAAUGGACGGAAAGCGAUUCUGUGUACGAGCGGCGGAUUUAAAAAGUUGUAACGAAACAGGAACGGCAAAAGAAGAAGCGAAGAGAAGGUAAACAAGAAAUACAAUCGAAUAAUUGUUAGGCUAACGACAGAAGAGAAAUUGGAGUUGAAAACUUAAGGCAAACUAUGCAAUAGAACCAUAAACCAUUGCUAGCAAGAGAAAAACGUAGAAACAAUCUCGGUUUUCGGUUCAGCGUCUAUUGGUUUCAAAGCUUUAGAGAGGCACUUUCACCGGGCACCUUCGCUGCAAAGCAAUAGGCACAAUAGAGAGAGAGAGAGAGAAAGGGAGAGCACUCUCUCACGGCACAGCACACAGAGAUCGAUGUCCAUCCCGCCGGCAACCGCCGAAAAGGUCGAAUGAAUUGGUAGUGCUCGACACCCGUUCGAUUCGAUUUGCCAUAUUUGCCCGUAGUGGCUGGUAUAGCUGUAGUAGGACAUAAACAAUAUAGGACACGGACAACCACUCUCUUCCAACCAAUAAUCGCAACCCAGACCAGCCAGCCAGCCAACCCAAAAAAACCGUUACUCUACACUCCGACCGAACAAACUGAGCGCACCGUUCGCGUUGCUCGAAAGUGUUAACCAAAUGCGCUGCGAUGUAAAAACAGCCCACAAAAUGCAGUUCCGGUGCACCAGGGGCCCCCAACGGGUGCUCGAGGGGGGUGGAACAAUGUACUAUAGGAUUACGGUGUUACGAUAAAAAAGAAAAAGAGAACCUGCGGACACUUUGAGAGGAUAAGCGCAAAAGGACGAUAGAAAGAGGUUAAUAGAAUUGCGAUUGCGUUCAUAAUUAUUAUUAUAUAGUAAAUGUAAAACAAGAAAACCAAAACGGACGCGCGCGCCCAGGCCACAGAAAACCGCAACGGGCAAAUAAAUUAAAGUCUAACUAAUCUAACUACAACCGCGAGGGGUUUGUUGUUCGCGGGCAGAAUGCGAGAGAAAUAAAGAGGAGUUGCCUCGUACGCCAA